AUGCACGCACCCUUUCCUUCUGUGUCAAUCUCCAUGAAUCCAAAUGCAACUGACUUUGUUCCACAUCUGACUGGUGCCAAUUCGCUGGCUCCCCUGCCGACGUCGACAGCUGAUCUUGCGGAGGAAAAGGAACGGCAACAGAAGCAAGAGAGCCAUUUAUCAUCCAGCGUGAAAUGGACGACCACAUCGACGAGGAAAAACAUUACACAGCCAGCUUUGCCACUGGCAGUGAAGGCCAAUUUUACACCGACUUUUGCUCCGAUUUAUGUUGAGAAAACGGAGGAAGAGAUUUUAGAGAUUAGCAAACGCAGUUCACUUAAAGUUGGGGCGGCGGCUUUUGUGCCACGCCGUACGUUGAACCGCGUGAUGAUCGCCAAGCCAUCUCCGCUCUCUCUCACGCCAGCGACGGGCGAAAUGACACUAGGUGAUUUGUGGUGUCUCUUCUACCUGCCUGCUGGGCUUGGCGAGUGCAUUCGGGAAAACACAUACGAUCCAACGCUUGUGUUUCGCGUGGAUUCCGUUGCGACCUUCUGGAAGGUGUUCAAUAAUAUUCCUCAGCCGACAGAAAUGAAGAUCGGCACGCUGUACUUUUUUCGUGACGGGAUCAAUCCAAAGUGGGAAGACCCUGGCAAUCGUGACGGUGGCAUUUUGAAGAUGAAAUUAGAUUCCCAUUGCAUCAAUGAUGCGUGGGUGUAUUUGUUGUGCCGCACCAUUGGGGAGUCGUGGUCGAGGUCUGUGCGUGAUACCGUCAACGGCGUGGCCCUCAAAGCACGCGAGCGCGCGUACCUGCUAGAGGUGUGGGUCACGGAACAAAGCGCUGAGCUCAUGAUGGAUAUCAGCGAAUUGCUGCGGCCUCUACUGGGCGAUGUUUUCUCUGUGUUUUAUGCGCCACACUCCGUGACGCAGGAACGUGCCGCCGCCGCUGCUCUCGCCGAGAAGAAAAGGAGCCGAAACAACCGACGCCGCUGGUAA